CUCUUGUCACUUGUACUAGAUUUAAUGGCACUGUUAACUGUCUUCUCUAAGUCUCUGCAUCCAAUACCAAUAGUCAGACUGCAUGUCUUCGUCAGCUCAGCCAGACACGUCGUCAGUUCAUCGGUGUUCCUCUGCCGGCUCGUCGUCUUCCACCUCAGCCCGCUCCUGCUCCACCUCUCCUACUUCCUCGCCAUUGAUCUGCUCGGCUUCCUUGCGCUGGUGCUCCUCAAGCCGAGCAGCCCCGGUUACCGUCCUCGUUACGUCGACGUGUUCUUCAUGUCGACGUCUGCGGCGACGGUCACCGGAUUAGCCACCGUCAAGAUGGAGGACCUCUCCAGCUCCCAGGUCGUGGUCCUGACCAUCCUCAUGCUCCUGGGCAGCGAGAUGUUCGUCUCCUUGCUCGGUCUUGUCCUCGAGUCGCGCAAGCGAAGGCGGCGUGGGCGUGAUCCUGAUCAUGGCGGCAGGGUGAGAUCGGUCGUCACCGUCUCCGACGAGUCGAACCUCGAAGCGGCGAAUCCGUCUGCGAGUUCAGGCGAUCACAAGGAGAGCUGCCUCGGGAGCUUGGCGCUUGUGAUGCUGGUCUACAUGGCCAUGGUCCUCGUGCUCGGCUCUGUGCUGGUGUUCGUGUACGUCGCCGGCGUUCCGAGCGCGCGAGAUGUGCUGGCGAGGAAGGGCAUCAGCGCGGCGCUCUUCUCGGCGGUGGUAACCGUGUCGUCCUUCACCAACGGCGGGCUGCUCCCGACCAACGAGAGCAUGGCGGUGUUCUCCGCGAACCGGGGCCUCCUCCUGUUGCUCGCCGGCCAGAUCCUCGCCGGCAACACGCUGCUCCCGGUGAUCCUCAGGCCAGCGAUAUGGGCCACGAGAAGACUUGAGAGGGUGUUCGCCGGUCGGCAUGGGUCAGAAGAAGAAGGGCUCGAGUCCAUGACGAAGGACGCCGUGGCGGCAGGCUUCGGCCACCUCCUGCUGCCUGGGUUGCAGACGGUGUUCCUCGCCGUCACGGUCGUCGCUGUGGCCGCCGCGACGGCGACGCUCCUCUGCUGCCUGAACUGGGACUCCGCCGUGUUCGCCGGGAUCACCGCCGGCGAGAAGGUCACCAACGCGCUGUUCAUGGCGGUGAACGUGCGGCAGGCCGGGGAGAACUCCAUCGACUGCUCGCUCCUCGCGCCGGCGGUGCUUGUGCUGUUCCUCGCCAUGAUGUGCAUUCCGGCCACGGCGACAUUCUUCUCUGUACACGACGGCGGCUCAGUGGGGGAACCAAGCGGCGGAGAACCAGAACGCAAGGAUGGGGCGGCAAAGAGGAGGAGAUUGACGCUGAACAGGAUGCUCCUGUCACCACUAGCCGGUAACGCUGCCGUGGUGAUGCUCGUCUGCGUCACCGAGAGGCGGUCGAUCUCCGGCGACCCUCUCAACUUCUCCACGUUCAACAUGAUCUUCGAGGUGGUCAGUGCUUAUGGGAACGUGGGUCUGUCCACUGGCUACAGCUGCUCGAGGCUGCUCCGGCCGGAGGAGUCGAGCGCCUGCCAUGACAAGCCGUACAGCUUCUCCGGGUGGUGGAGCGACCAGGGGAAGCUCGUCCUUGUUCUCCUCAUGCUCUACGGGAGGCUCAAAGGGUUCCACAGGAAGCAACGCAGGAGCUGAUCAAAGGCAAUGCCCUGAGUAUGACUGUGCGAGUGGUCCGGGGGGUCAAACUUGAAACUCCAACUGCAUGAAAAUGCAAAACAUUUCAGAACGAAAAGCGAUCGGAAGAAGGAUAAAUACAAAAAAAUAACAGAGUAAGUUUCCGUAGGUUUUUUGAAGUUUUUGUAGAGUGUAUAAAUAGAUGAUAUUGUUUUUGAAAAGAAAAAUGGUGAUACUACAAAGUUGUGCAUGCUUGUGUUGUGUCCUUGUAUUGUUUCCUUCGGCCUCGUCUGUGCAGCUGAAUCGCUCCCAA